AUGAAGUUUUGCUUGUUCUUGAAAAGGUCAUACAAUUCAAUUUAAAUCAACAAAGGAUUUCUUCAAUUAUUAAUAGAAGUUUCAUCUUAUCAAUAAUAACAUUAAAGAAUAAGGAGAGGCAAAAAAGUAAAUUAUUGA